UCAACAAGCCCGGCAGUUGUCCGCUCAGUGGCUGCUGCUAUGGUGCGUGGAGCAUCGACACGCUAGCGGUCAUAUUAAACGUACCCGGCUGAGACUGUGAGAGUCGCGGAAGUAAACAACAACAACAACAACAAAACCGGGGACUUCUACAUUGGAGAAUAUGAACAAAGUGGACGCAGCAUGCCGACCCGCCGCCUCUCUGAAAUUCACUAUUGACAACAUCCUCAACCUGAAGACCAGCGGGAGGAAAUGUGACAGUUGUCACCCCGCGGGACCGCGCGAUGCCUCCGCUACGGCGGCGCGUAAAGACGGUUACCGGAGUCCACACGACGAGCAGCGGCGGCCGGACCCGGACAGCAGGCUUAACGAGAGAGAGUUAAUCACGGACUGCAACGCGGCGACGGACUCGGUCCCCCUCCGCCGCGGAGACCCGACGGAGGUGCGCUUCGAGAGCGGCGACAGCAGCAGCUGCGACGACAGCAGCUCCACCAACACCACCGUUAACACCACCACCACCGCCACAGACACCCACAAGGGGGGCGGCAGCGGCGGCGGCUCGGGCAAGAAGAGCAAAAUGAUCACGAAAAAGAAGACGCGCACUAUUUUCUCCAAGAGACAGAUCUUCCAGUUGGAGUCGACCUUCGACAUGAAGCGCUACCUGAGCAGCGCGGAGCGCGCGUGCCUCGCCACCUCGCUGCAGCUCACGGAGACCCAGGUGAAAAUAUGGUUCCAGAACCGCAGGAAUAAGUUGAAACGACAAAUCUCGACCGACGUCGACGGAACUGUUACCGAUUUCCCGGACACCGGAAAGCCCGGAGCGGCGGCGGCGGGGGGUCCGCUGCCGGCCCUGUACAAGGAGAGCAACCUGCUGGGCAGAUGCCUGCUGCCCAUGCCGCUGCCCGUGGUGUACCCGGGCAGCAGCACGCCUUACCUCUGCUUCACCAACGCCAGCAAGUACUUCCGCCUGUACGACGGGGACGUAUGAUGACGUCAGUCAUUGCCCUCACGUGAAAAGAGACACUUUUAUUUUUUUGGUGGUUCUGUUGGCCAAGUUUCAAGCAUUUAAGGUGUUUUAUUUUUUAUUUUGUAAAGAUGUUGGGUCGGACUUGCGGCCUUGACUGUGUAUGGAGACAACCACAGAAGAAGUACUUACAUAUCACUUACACAAAUAAGCUGAUUUAUUUGUAUUUAUUUUUAAUUCAUUGGUUUUGUGUGUGCCGUGAACUAAACCUGCUAUAACACAUAGCCAUUUUUAGGAAAUAGCAGGCUAAGCUAAUGAUAGCCUGAGGGAGGCCGACACAGUAUCAACCCCAGACAUUUAUUGUUUACAUGGCAUAGCAUUACUAUUAUCAUAUUAUUAUUAUUAUUAAAUAUUAUUAUUGACAACAGCAUUUCCAGCAGCCUAUAAAGCCACCAAAGAAAUUACUAUAGCCUAGCUAUUUGCAUGCAUUUUCCUGUAUCAUAACGAAUUUUUGAAUUACUGAAAUUAUCUAUGUAUUUAAAAUGAAUGUAAUUAACAUUUUUAUUACGUCUCACGCAUGUCUAUUUUUUUUCUGAGCAUCCUACUAUUCUUACUUUAUUCAACAUUUGCCUAAAGGCUUAUUACACCAUUUAUUGAAACUGUAAUUAAAACAUCUUCAUUCAAGAAA